AUGCAUGCUAGCUCUUUACCAAAUCCUCCGAUCCUUUCACAAUUUCAAUAUUAUAGCAAACAACCAAUAGAUAAUAAUUUUCUUCAUGUACCCUCAAUAGUAACUUCUCCUUCCACUCAUCAUACAAUCUCUGCUCCUGUUACUCCAACUAACAGUGUUCCUCCUCCGCCACCCUCACUUUUGUCAAAUCAACCUCCUAGAAGAGGGAAUUGUAAAUUUGGCAAUAAAUGUGCUCUGUCUCACAAUCAACCAUUAAAAACUUCUACCAAACAAAUUAACAAUAACCCUAAUAAUAAUGGUAAAAAUAUUAAUGGAUUAAGAAUUAAUAAUAUUCCUGAGAUUAUUAGAUCACCUGUAUCUCAAGGUUACGGUAAUAAUAAUCAACAAGAAUUAAACGAUUUUUCAUCAUCCAAUUCACCUGGAAUGGUUCCGUUCUCUCGUAUGCCAUUAAGUCCAACUGAAUAUCAAAAUAGUCAUAGAUCUCAUAGCCAAUUAACCGCAUCUUUGAAUCCAUCUUCUGCCCCUCCAUUGUACUCGGAUGAUAACUACUCACCUUCCUCUAGAUCAUUAAGGACCACUUCACCAACAUUUAUUGGCUUUAACAGUGGUAAUGGCAAUGACAAUAACCAUUUAAGUGCUCCGAUUAAUAUUAAUUUUCAACAACGUAGAUCUUUGCCUGAUAUUUCGCAACCAAGUCAUCUAGAUCCAUUUAGCACCUCACCCUACCAAUCUAAUGUUAGAACAAAAGGAUCCUUUUUACCCUUCUCCUCUUACUCUGAAAGUGGCAUACUUUCGCCAACUUCUUCUUCUUUCCAACAACUUCACAGUAUUCCAGAAGAUCAAUCGUCACCAUUAAUUGAUGAUGUUGAUUACGAAGAAUUCAUCCCUUCCUCGCUAAACGAUUUACUAACCCCAGAUGAACGUAAACGAAGACGUAGUAGACAGGAAGAAACUUUGGAAAUAAUUAGUUCUAGAAGAUUGUUCUCGAAUUCUUCUUCUUUACAUCCUUCUGACGUUCAAUAUGCUUACAACUCUCAUCACGCAGUGGACCCAUCACAUAUUCAUCAUUCAACUGUACGUUCUUUACCAUACGGCUUUGUUGAUGGUCCAGCUUCUUCUAAUUAUUCUUCUGCUUCGAUAACUCAUGAUGAUAUUCAACCUAUUAGUAAUCUUAACAGUGCUAAUAAUACCAAUAAUAACAGAGUUCGUUCAUUUACGCCUGAUCCAUUUAGUCCUUUUGCACAAGAUGAAGAACCUUUCUUUUCCAUGGAACGUGAGCAAUAUAUGGGAACCCUGCUUGUCGGUGUGUCAUUUAGCAAAAAGAAACGAAAGAAAUUCGAUAUUAAAGGAUUCAAAACACAAAGAGAUUAA